AUGAGUUCUCAUAUGGAAAUUUCAUCAAUCAGAGGGUUACCAGAAUUGGGAAUAAUAGAGGAUCCUAACUUUCUACAUCAGUGGAAUAAUCACUUAAAUUCUAUUGAUACAACUAACUUAAGUGCUUCUGACUUUGGAGGUGCUUUACAGAAACAUUUUUUGUCAAAUACUCCAAACUUCAACAACAAAACUUGCAUGGAAGCUUCUGAAAGAGCAGCGAAACAGCUCAAGAAUAACAGCUGGAAUUACAACAGCAGUAAUCUUCAAACAUCAGAAACACAGUAUGCGAAUCUUCUUUCGUUCGCUGAUUCGAAUUAUGCGAAUCAAUUGGGACUAUUGAAGCCUAAGUCUGAGAUGAUGGUGUGUCCAAAAAUCGAUAGUAGUACUACUACUAUUGCAAACAUGUUGAUGAAUCAAGCACACUUGUCGGAGAAUCAUCAGAACCAUGUCUUUAAGGCUUUUCAAGAGGCUAAAGAUGUUGAGACUCGUCCUAGUAAACCUUCUCAAGCUCAUGAUCACAUUGUGGCUGAAAGGAAGCGUCGCGAGAAGCUUAGCCAGCGAUUCAUCGCUCUUUCGGCUCUUGUUCCAAACCUAAAGAAGAUGGAUAAAGCUUCUGUUCUUGGAGAAGCUAUAAGGUACUUGAAGCAAAUGGAAGAGAAAGUGAGUGUUCUUGAGGAGGAACAGAAAAGGAAGAAAACUGUGGAAUCUGUUGUAAUUGUGAAGAAAUCUAAACUAUCUUAUGAUGCUGAAGACUCUUGUUCAGAUACUGAUAAUACAUUUGAUGAAACAUUACCUGAAAUUGAAGCAAGAUUUUGUGAAAGAAGUGUUCUCAUUAGACUUCACUGUUUGAAAAGUCAAGGAGUUAUAGAGAAAACAGUGAGUGAAAUUGAGAAACUUCAUCUAAAAGUCAUCAACAGCAGUGCCUUGACUUUUGGGAAUUUCACCCUUGAUAUUACCAUUAUUGCUCAGAUGGAUGUUGGAUUUUGCUUGACAUUGAAGGAACUUGUGAGAAAGCUACGUUCAGCAUAUUCAUCUUUCAUGUGA